UGACUACCCCCCACCUCCAGACAAAUGCUGCAGGCCUGGCUGCAGUCCCUCUGCACGGCGGCCUCCACCAACACUCCCGCCCUCCGCGUGCCCCUGUACGACUUCCUCGAGACGGCCUCGUACUACCCGCCCGAAGCGCCUGUCACGUCGUCCGACCCCACCACCGCCUCCGCCCAGCACACCGCCGUAGCCACUCCCGCCGCCACCACCGCCACCACCGGCGUACCGGUCGCCGCCGCCUACGCCGAGGCCUUGCCCCCCGCCGCGGGUACCAAGGGCGUAGGAGUUUCGUCCGCCGGCCCCCCGCCGCCGAAGCCGGACUCUGCGGAAGACGGAUGGGCGGUACCCCCGGAGUCACGAGACGCUUCCGACCUUAAGAUGGCCAUGGCCGGCCCGAGCGCGGCGGGAAAGCUUACCGGAGAGCAGGCGGCGGUGGCCUUGAGGACGGGGACCGGGGCCGGGCAGGAGGACUUGAGGGCCGUGUGGGCGCUGUCGGACAUCGACCAGGACGGGAUGUUGGACCGCGACGAGUUUGCCGUUGCGUGGUACCUGGCCCACCAAGCCGCGGCGGGCAACAAGCCGCCUGCUUCGCUUCCAGCCGACAUCGUGCCGCCUUCCAAGCGCCAAGCGGCACAGCACAGCUUAGCGAACCCGUUCGGUUAGGCGGGGGGGGGGGAAAGAGAUCA